GACAUCAAGUGGGGACGGAGGGGGGACGGCUUUCCUGGCGUCUUUCCGCAGACACCGAGGGGUGCAGCGGUAAAUGUCGCGCAGCGUGCGCAGAGGGGCUCUGGCCCAGACCCCGUUAAAAGCUGGUGCUCAGAGCAGAUGCGUCCUGCACUUACGGCUCCGUGCCUCCUGGAGAACGAGUUUCCCAAGCGGCAUCGGCGGGAUGUUUAAGAAAAAAAGAGGGACCCGUGUCAAAGUCUGAACGAGGCAGCCUCCGUUCUUGCGGCCCUGUCCCAAUUCUGGCAUUUCCAGCUGUGAAGACAGCAAACUUGUGUCGACUGCGGAGUUGCCGGUCCCCGGGAAAAUGGGUGGCACUUAGCUCGGCUUCAGGCCAGUGUCCCAGACACAGCGGGGCAAGUCCGGGUGGCAUCCGUGCACCUCCUCUCUGUAUCAAGUUCAACAAAAACGCGGAUUUGAUUAGAUUAUUUCUCCACUGAAACGAAAGUUAAAUGUUCCUGCAGGCUUAAGGAUGUGUCAGGGAAAACCCCAGAUUCAGUAUGUCUCUGAAUGGUGGCCAAAACCAGCAAUCCAAGCAGCAUUUCUCUUACUGGGGGAACGUGUUUUGGCAAAUUGGUCAGAAUAACAGCUUUGGCAUCAAACUUGACCUGGAUUUGACUCACAUCUUUGCCUCCUGUGGGCUGAUUGACCUUGAAGGAGUUACUUAUCCUCUUUAGCCUCCCUUUCCUCAGCUGCAAAACACAGAAUAGGACAUGCAAUGAAGACAAUCAAUGAAAACCAGAAGAUCUACUAUUGCAAUUAACAUCAAGAACAGGCAACAAAGGACAAAGGAGGUCAGGCUGCAUAUACAUGGACAAAGCCAAUUUCUCAGAAGCUACAACUUCUAAGCAACCAGAAGAUUUGCCUUAUGAUGGGGAUUUCUCCCAAACUAAGAUAUACAAUGAUUAUAAUUUUACCUCAAAAAAUGACAUCCUUGAUGUCUCAAAUCAAAUUAGUUUAACAGUAGAUGACCCUCAAGGAAAGGCUACAUAUAAAGGGACUUGCAGAAAUGCAGACAUAACCAUGACUCUGGGUAAAAUGACUAAAACUGUUAUCAACAAAAACUAUGAUACAGAGAAGCAAUCUACCACAAAUCUUGACAUUCUGACUAAUGAAAGAGACCCUUCAAAGUCAAACAUUUCUGAUAUUUUACUCCAUCACCUUUCCAAUGAGGAAUUCUUAAAAGGUCAAGGCAUUAAUUGUGAAACUCUCCCAGAGAUUGCUGAUGCUGACAGUUCUGAUGAAGCUAGUAUUAAAAACAUUAUUUUGUGCCAUGUUAAGAAUUCUUGGCCAAAAGAACAAACCCCAGAACUCACAGACCAACUGAGCCCCAAAAGGGAUGGUGAACACAGCAAUGUGCCCUGUUGUUCUCUAACUAUGACAGAAGAAAACACCUCUGAUAUACAGGCUGCUGGAGAGAGCAGCCAUCAAGAAACUUUAAAUUUUCUAACUAAAAUCAGGAGUCCACAUGAUAAACCAAAAAGUUGCCAAGGGCAGCCACCCCAGAAACUGCAGACUGAAAAAGCAGUUUCAGGCAAUGUGUUCAAACAUGGCCAUGGUCAGGUUCAUUACCAGUUAUCUGAUUUCUCUAAAGUUGCACCCAAAGUGAAAACCCCUAAAAACAACAUAAUUAAUAAACCCCUUACAACAGAUAAACAAGCCAGCUUUUCUCCUAAAUUGAGAGAUAAGUCAGUUAUUGUGCAAGUUAUUUUAGAAAGCAUGUCUAGGUCAAACUGUAUUGAAAAACAAGAGCAGAAAAGGAAAAGUGCUGAAUCUUCACAACAGGUAGAGAUGGAACCCACAAUACAUAUUCACCAAGAAUAUCUCACAGGAAUAGAAUCUGAGGCCAGUCUCUUUAAGGUGUCAUCAACCUCUCAGAAAGACCCUUCCCCAAGUUCUUCGUACAUAUUUCAAAAGAUAACCCGAGGGAAACAGAUGUGCCAGAAGUUAAAAGAACAGACUGAUCAACUGAAGAUUAAAGUACAAGAAUUUUCCAAAAGCAUAGCACAGGACGCUCCCUAUCAUUUGCAAGACAAGAAACUGGUCCUGGAGAAGCUACAGGGACACCUUGAACUGCUGGAGCAGGAGUUUCUGGACAACAAGGAGAAGCAUCUGACUUUGAAGCAAGUUCACAGGCAUGAAUCCCCAGCUGUCGGUGACUUUGAUCCAGAAAGAGAAGUGGAAGGUGAAAUCUUCAAGUUGGAGAUGCUACUUGAAGAUGUUAAAGAGAAAAUUAAUAAGGGCAAAUGUACGUCAGCCGUCUCUCUUCCCGUGAGUUCUCCAAUCAUCCCGGAUGACUUGGCAUCCACAACCUCUCCACCCUCAAAUGAGGAGCAGCCGGAGCGCAGCGCGGGGAGGCAGGACCGGGCGGAGCCGAGCAGCCCCGGCCGUGCGGGUGGCCGCCGGGCCCUGGAACGGAAGGAAAACAUGGAGAAGAAAGGGCACAGAAGGACCAACAGCAGAAAGUGUCCCACUGCCAUUCAAGAAGAGGUGCUGCGUGCAGAUUCUGUUGUCAGUUCUGAUACCAGCCCCAGCUGCCAUUCUGCUUCCAGGACUGGAUUGCAGAGUAAUAAAUGUGAAAACUAUGGCACUGAGAAUCACAAUUCCAGAAGAGUCUGUCGCAAAGAGCCACUCAAAGAAUUUCAUUAUAGGUACAACAGCCCAGGACAGAAUUACUUAAAUCCUAACGAAAGAAGUGCCUUUGUCAAGCUCUGCUUUUUAAAUGACAAUAAAAAUUCUUCACCUUCUUGUUCAAAACCAGAAUGGAUCUGUUCCCAGACAUCGAAUCCAAAAUCCUCUCAUGAUGAACAUGAGACCAUACCAGGAAAAAAGAAUCUUAGGGUUUUCAUGACCUACAAUUCAGACCUUGCUACACCCUCACUCCAUUUCUACUCCUGCAGGAUUUCUGGAAGCAAAUCCUUAAGAAACUUUGGCAGUACCAAAGAAACAAAAUCUGAGAUAUUAAACUCAUCUUUGGAUCAUGCCCUAAGGACAGCAACCAUUUUGAAAGAAACUACUGAUCGAAUGAUUAGAAUUAUUGCAGAAGAUCUUGCCAAAGCACAGAGAUGGAGGAAGCAAAUGAAAUACUAGUUCGACCCAAGGCAACUGAGGACUUAAAAAAAAGAAAAAUGCUAAGAAAACUUGAUCUUCCCCCCAAAAGUAUCUUACUAUACAAUUUAGGAAGGUGACUUUCUAGAGAAAAUACCAAAACCAUAUGAAAUGGGGGGCACCAAGUGCUUAACAGGAAAAAAAAAAUGGACCCUUGAUUCUUAAAAUUAAUAUUUAUUUUAAAAUAAAUAUGUUUUUCCUAACUCAUAAUAAAAGA